CCGGGUGCACCGCCUCCGCCACCGUGUGGCGCCAGCAAUGGUCCAAGCUGCCGGAUGCCAAGCUCCAGGGCACCGUCUGGAGCGAGCUGGAUGAGAGCAAGCUGUAUAACAUGGAGCCGGAGUCGAUAGACAAGCUCUUUACGGCUUACCAAAAGAAUGAGAGUGUCGGCCAUCGAUGGCCGACACCAAGUCCAGUGCCGCCAAGGGCACCACCAUGCUGUGGCGCGCAUCAUCUACAAAUACGCACUGGAUCACCUGCCCAAGGACCGAACCCAGUUGCUGUUUAAGGCCUACACCAUACACGAGAAGUACGGCGAUUGGGCUGGAAUCAAGGACGUGAUCGUUCCUAAGCAUCUGUAGCACGCUUGCUUAGUGAGCAGCAGGGUCGAAUCCGUCUCGAGUGUCUGGUUACCCAGGGC